CAGGAGAUCUGGAUUGGGAUUCGCCAUUGAAUAGGUUUCACUUACAAGUUUUGAGUGAAGAAAGGAGAAUUUGCCGUCAUCUCGCUAGACUGCUAUCUGAAUCUUAUCUAUUAGGCAAUAUUAGAUAUUUGAAAAAAUAACAGAAGAAGGAAAGUGAAUCCAGAUUUUGUUGAAGUUUUUAAAGAAGAGCAGUAGAAUUCCUGAGGUUUAUACUGGAGACUUUAUUGCAGCACCAUUAGUUUGCUUUCUCCAGAUACACAAAACUACAGAGCCAUAUUCAUCCAUAUCAACAUACUGUUUUCUAUAUUAUCAGCAUUCAGAUUGGAACAACACAGUUUUUUUCAGGUUUGUUUAUUCAAUAUCACAGAUAAUAAAGACUUUGACAUUUCAUCUUUGUCACUGUUGACUUCAGAUAUAGCUAUUACAGCAUCGUUUUGCAUUCAUAUUCAUAUUCCAGUUUCGUUUCUUUUGUUUAAUCUCAUCGCACCACAAUGCCUAAGAAACUGACUUCAUCUAAAACGGCCUCUUUGUUUGAUAUCCGGUUGAAGAACCUCGACCACGAUGUGUUGGUACUCAAGGGAAAUGCACAGGAUGCGGCAUCAGCAUUGUUGGCUGGAAAAAUCAUGUUGUCUCUCAAUGAACCGUUAUCGAUCAAGAAAUUCACCUUGAGAAUGUAUGCCAAUCUCAGACUCAGUUGGCAGGACUCAUAUAAGACAACAAAAGGGGAAUUUACCAAACCAACCAAGUUUUCCAAGAAAGUCUACGAAUAUGUGUGGGACAAUGUAGAAAUCAACCUGUACCUCACCAACUUGUACGACAACUCGUCGCAAGCAACCCCAUCUGUAGGUAUCAGCAGAAACCAGUCUGCCUCUUCGUUGAAAAACUUGGGUUCUUCUUUUCUCCUGAGGUCUUCUUCCAAUUUGCAAUUGACAGGUAUGGCGUUGUCAAAUUCGGCAUCGUCUACAAACUUGUCUGCUUCCCCCAAACCUGGAAACCAUAUCCUAGUUGCAGGUAACUAUGAAUUUCCAUUCAGUGCUGUACUUCCCGGAGACAUGCCUGAAUCAGUAGAAGGUUUGCCUGGUGCUUCGUUGGUGUAUCGUCUUGAAGCAACAAUCGACAGAGGUAAGUUUCACGCACCUAUGGUGGCCAAAAGACACAUAAGAGUUAUUAGGACAUUGACCACUGACGCUGCUGAAUUGACAGAAACUGUAGCUGUAGACAAUACUUGGCCCAAGAAGGUGGAAUACUCGUUAAAUGUUCCCUGUAAAGCUAUAGCUAUUGGUUCAGGUACUCCCAUUAGUUUCAUGUUGGUGCCAUUGUUGAAAGGGUUGAGAUUAGGAGACAUUUCCAUCAAGUUGGUAGAGUACUACUCGUAUUUCGGGUAUCUUCCUCCAGCAUACAAUGCCGAACGUAUUGUAUGUGAGAAGUCGAUUCCACGACCUCUGGAAAACGACCCAAACUUCCAGAUGGAUAAAUGGGAAGUCGACACCUUCUUGCGUGUACCACUCAGCUUGUCGAAAUGUACUCAGGAUUGCGAUAUUUUCUCGAACUUGAAGGUCAGACACAAGAUCAAGUUUGUCAUAGGCUUGGUAAAUCCAGACGGACAUGUAUCCGAGCUUAGAGCUUCGUUACCCAUUCUGUUGUUCAUUUCUCCCUUUGUGACAAUCAGAGCUAGCCACGAUGAUCCCGAGGAAGUUGCUUCUCAUCCUCCAAAUGAGCAUGGCGUGCCUCCGGAGGAAGAAGAAUUAUUCACCAACGAUCUUCAUAGUGCCAGCAACACCAGCUUGAGCGACAUGGCAGAGGCACAGGCUGAAAGAGGCGAAUUGAGAAGAUCCAACAACAACUCGGCUACCAACUUCAACGGCUUCAUGGCUCCUCCAGUGUACGAGAAACAUAUUUAUGAUCGCUUAUGGUCAGAUGUGUCUCCUGUAGAAUCUCCAGUAAAUUCCGGUGCUUCCACUCCUAGAGUAUUUGAACGUCCGGCUUCCGAAGUAAAUCUGCAUUUUGCUAUGUCUCCAUUAGACAGUGUUCAGUUGAACGAGAACUUGCGACAGUUGAGUUUGCAACGACAAGUUCAGGACUUUUCUGAACCCGGAUCUCCUAUUUUUUCUUCACUUCCCGGUACUCCUCAAGAAAACAGAGCCAUUUUCAAUCUUGACGGGGAGGCGGACCACAGCGAUUACUUCUCCAGAAGUUUGGGCUCUGGCUCGUACAGACCAGCAAUGGCUAGAACAGGCUCGUCUUAUAACCAAUUAAUUUCUUCGAGUGUAGGAUCACCUGUUCACAUUUCCAGAAUUAAUUCUGACGUAAACUUGAGCACAGAUACUUUAUCUAAGGUUCCAUCCUAUAAUGAAGCCUUGAAGGGAGAUGCAGAGGAAAUAGUACUUGCACCAAUGUAUGAGCCACCAUUGCCUGGUUCCCAGAUUAAUCUUGCUGAAGUGAACAAGAGGUUUGAAGAAAUGAGACCCAGUCCUGUGCCACAGCAGACUACAUUUAAAAACAGAUCGUUAUUGUCGCGUGGGUCUAGUAGCGCAAACUUGCGCAAUUUGUCUUCCGGCAACUCGUCACCUUCAAACUCUCGUAACGUCUCUUCUUCCAACCUAGCUGGAUUGUCCAGAUCCUCAUCUAAGAGAAGUCUUGUUGGUAGUGGAAGCAACAGUAAUGGAAGCAGUGGUGUUAGUUUGAAUGCUCAUCUGCCGAAGCCGUCUACAUCUCCUAUAGUGCAUAACAGCACUUUUAAAACACAAGACUUGCCUUCUCAUUUGAUGCUCCAUACACAGUCGACGUCCAGUUUGAAAACCAAGCCUUCUUCUAGUGCAGCUGACAGAAGUGCAGCUGCCAAUGGAGCACCCAUGAAGUCCGCUUCCAGUUUGAGUUUACACAACUUACAAUUUUUGAACAGAAAAAAGGAAAAGAAAGAAAAAUGAUGAUAGAAAUAAAGAACAAGAAGACGAAUAUUCAUAUUGGAAAAGACAUACACGGUAGAUAUGAUACUAUAUAAACAAAGUAAAGAAUGGAGUAAACUAUUAAUAGACAAAUUAAAAC